AUGGCUAGCGUGAGAUCCACCUUCGAAGGGUUCGAGAGUGAGGCUGCUAGAGACGAAAUUCUCGACAAGUACGGAUCCAAGCCCCGAGCUAUAAUAUCUGUGGAGGGAUACGACACUUGUCUGCCUGAGGAUGAUAUCAAGACUGAAUUGAUUAAUCACUUCAAUUCAUGUGGCCAAGUCUUUAAUGUUAUUCUUCGCAAAGACCCUGAUAGCCCUAAUCUCGACAGACGUGCUUUGGUUAUUCUUUUUGGAGAUGGCGCAGAAGAGAAGGCCUUGGAACUUAAUGGAACUGACAUUGGUGGAUGGAAUGCUCUUGUUAAAGUUGAACCGGAGGAAGAAGAAGACGAGGAGGUAGAACGUUUUGAAUCCUCUCUGGCUGAUGAACUAUUGAAUGACCGCAGAUUUUGGUUUGGCGUUACCGUUGGGGGAUAUAACACUUGCCUCCCUGCAGAUGAAGUCAAGAGCGAUUUAGUAAAACUUUUCUCUUCCUGUGGAGAGAUCACCCAUGUUUAUGUCUGUACUCUCGAUAAGAUGACUAAUAUCUAUUUUCACGAAGAAGAAGGAGAAGCUAAGACCAGGAUUAUCGCAGUUUCUCAUUAUCUCUGUCGCAGAGAACUACGAAAACCCAACACCGAUCGAAACCAACCGAUCCUCCACCACCGAUCUUCCACCACCGAUCCUCCAUUAACGAUCCUUCGUCUUCUCCGUGAUAGUCGUUCUCGCCUUCUCAUCUUCUCCGUGACAUGCAAUUUAGAAGGAAGCUACAAACAAAAAGCGAUAUAUACAGUUUCGAAGCUGUCCAUGGCCAUGGCCUUUCAGAUAAUAGCUUCUUCACCAACGAUUACAAAAUCUCACCUUACCUCUUCUCCUCAUCUGCAAUCUUCUUACAAAGCUUCGAAACCUUAUCUCUACUCAUGCUUUUCUCUAUUGGGUUCUUCUUGUUUCUCUCCUUACAUUGGUUUAAAGCAUAUGGGCAUCUCAAUCUCGCCGAAAUCUUCAAAUCCAGAGAAGAAGAGAAGAUGUAGUAAGGGUAUGGUCAUUCGUGCAUCUCUAUUUGGCGUUAGAGCACCUGAGGCUUUGGUUAUUGGUGUUGUUGCUUUGCUUGUCUUUGGUCUUAAACUAUUCAGGUAG